CGCAUUCGCUUCCACCGACUGAGCGGCACGGUGCGGACAGUAUACCACACACGGUGCUGGGUAGCACCCGCGCAGCAUCGUGUGGCACGGGCAUCCGGAGGAGUGCACCUGAUCCUAGCCCGCCAAGCUUCCGGCGCCGUCCUCGCAGGCCAGAGCCUUUGUUCUCACACGGCCUCCGCGCCGCGCGUCGACGCGUUUCUGCAGCGUCCCACCGUGGAUAAACAAAAGCCUGCACAGGUGAGCCGAGACUGGGUCGGAACCCGAAUGGCGAACACCUCGGAAACGAAGUCGGCAACUCCGCCUGAUCGCCGCGCCAACCCGGGUCCCAAACCCGAGCCUCUGCCUCCGGAAGACAUGCGCAGCCAGGGACACGUUGUGACCGAACCGAAAGAGGCGCCGCCCACGCCGGCCAACUCACCGAGAGCCGACCGCUUCACGGAGGCGCCCCAGGCAGUGCCAGCGCGACGCGAGUCGGCUCCUGCCGUGGCCGAUUCCACCGCGGAUGAACCGUCGAGGCGCACCAGCGGCUGGAGCAGCGCCGGCAAGCCUCACGCCUGUCACAUCUGCCGGCGCCGCUACUGCUCCGUGGAGUGGCUGCGCCGACACGUGGUCACCCACGAGCGAGGGAAGCCGCUCAAGUGCGACCGCUGCGGUCGCUCGUACAUGAUGCGACCGGCGCUCGCGAAGCACAAGGCAAACGUGCACGGCAUGUAAUGCCUCCAACGUGUUCGUUAUUAUUUUUUUUUUUUUGGCUUCAAUAAACUGUUUGUGCUUCAAUAAACUGUUUGUGCGACCAUCUCUG